AUGGGAAGUUACAUUUCGUCUCCUCAAGUUCUGAGCAGAAAAGUUUCUGGAAACUAUCGUGUGGGAUGUAAGGAUUUGAUGAUUGAGGGACUCUUCAUGAGACUCUAUUUUCCAACAGAUUCUGAGAUAACCGAGAUUUCGGCUCAUGCAUUAUGGCUACCAAAACCAGAAUAUGCUCAUGGUCUCGGAGAAUAUUUAGGAGCGUCUCAGCAAAAAAUGGAUCUGAUUUCAAUGGCAAUUGUGGGAGAUAAAAGAGAAGACUGUAUUGAUAACGCUCAACUCUCGACGAAACAAGACAGUUGGCCAAUCGUUAUCUUCUCUCAUGGACUCGGUGGUUCCAGAACAUUCUAUUCCACGUAUUGCACAUCUUUAGCUUCUCAUGGAUACAUUGUAGCCGCAAUUGAACAUAAAGACCACUCCGCCUGCUGGACCUUUAAUUUAACCGAGAAAAAUGGGGAAAUGGUUGAGGAAGCUCUGAAGAUUCAGCUAAUCAAAAAUAAUGAUCCGGAUGAAUUUAAGCUUCGAAAUCAACAAGUUGAACAACGAGUCGCGGAAUGCGUGAGAGCUCUAAAAGUUUUGGAACAACUGAACGCCGGGGUGGUUCCUGAGAAACUUCUGGUUGGAAAGGAUUUCGAUUGGACACAAUUCCAUAACAAAUUGAUGACGGGAUCUGCUUCGAUCAUUGGCCACUCGUUUGGGGGAGCAACGUGCCUGGCGUCUACGGCGUUUACCAAAGAAUUUCAGAAAUCUAUUGUAUUGGAUGGUUGGAUGUUUGCCCUGGAUCCUUCUCAACAACAAAAUUCAAACCAACCAACAAUGUUUCUAAAUAUCGGCGAUUGGCAAUGGAAUGAGAAUCUGGAAGUGAUGAAGAAAAUACUCCCUAAUAACGAUGCGAACUUGCUAUUGACAUUGAAUGGAGGAGUUCAUCAGAGUUUCUCCGAUUUCCCAUUCAUCUUCCCCAACUGGAUGGCCAAACAGUUUGGUGUUCAGGGCACCACAGAAUCUUCGCUAUGCAUCCAAGCGGCCAUCGAAUUAUCCAUCGCGUUCCUUCAAAACGGAAAAGAUGGUGCUCAAAAAGUCAAAAACGAAAAGUACUCGACAUUCAUCACCAACGAGAUUUAUGGUCGGGAGAAAUUCAAAAACUAA